AUGGAUGGUCUGUUGAAUCCAGUCAGUACCAAGGACACGCGCAAGGCGCAAAGCCUUGACAUUACACCCGCACUUCCAUCAACCUUCCCUGAGCCAGCACCAACAGCUCCAUCAUCGAUUCCUUCACUAGAAACCGCAUUACAGACACUGACUUCCCAACCUACCCAGUCUAGACUCGCUUCAACUCUCAAGUAUCUCUCAACAACUAUAUCAGCCAGGUCAAUACCUGGAUCGAACAUCCUCCUGCCCAGUCCAAAAACCGCACCCAUUGUUUUUGCCUUAGUCAAUCAUGUUGUUCCCAAUUUCUGGCCGGCUCUCAAAAACGCUUCUGAUGCUACCACGAGGAAAGUCAGGGACGGUUUGUUUGCGUGCUUGCGUAGUAUUUCUGGCGGAGGAGCUAUUCUAGCCCUAUUGCGCGGUGAGAUUGAUGCAUUCAAGGCUGGUGGGAAGGGGAAGGCGGAUACUCAGAAGGCUGAGGUGAUUCUUGAUUUUCUUGAGGGUUUGUUACAUGAUGAUGAACUUCUGGCUCAACUGUGGCGGGAUGUGCAUACCUUCGAGACACAGCCUGUUAGGGCUGAUAUGCUUUGGAAGGAAGUCGUGAAGCUGUUUGCAGGCGGAACUUUCGUUUCCGUUGUCGCUGAAAUGGAGUCUGUGCUGAGGGAGAAAGCUGAGGGUAUCCGAGAGCCUACUUGGAUUAGCGAUGGACGUCGAUAUGCCGAAUGGCUGGGCACUAAUGUGCAGCAUAUGAUUGAGGUGGUUGACGUUGAGGAUCAAAAGGCGUUGAAAGACGUCCAGCAGGUAUUGAGCAAGACGUUCACACUGGGGCAUUCAGUUCAAGUGGUUGCGAAAGCUUUUCAUCCUUUACUCUCUGGCGACGAGGCUUCAUUGCCAAGGAUCAGGGUUGUCUUGAGAGAGUUUCAGAGCUACGAUCAGAAACUUGCACUUUACUCCUCCAUUCAAUCUCUAUCAACACAGUCUCUUAGAGAUGAUGAGCGGCUCAUUGGCGCAGUUGGGGCUUUGGUCUCUAAGCUGUGCGGUAAUGUUAUCGAGCUACAGCAUCAUUUAGGAACAUGGCUUGUGGGUUCCUCACCAGAAGCAAUCAAGCAUAGUCAUAUUACACACCGCGCGAUUGUUCUAGCUCUCUCUGUAAAAAUCAUGCAUUUGAAGUCUGCUUUGUGGAAGGCACUCGAUUCUUAUAGCGACAAGCUGUUCAUCAAGCACAGCCCUUUGCUACACCAAGAAGCGAACGUGCAGAUCCUGCUUUUGUUGGCAGGUCAGAUCCAUCGGACCGACAAGAAAUUUCUUUCAACAGUAUCAAAGUCUAGCCCCUAUCUCAGCGGAAUAUCAAAUCAUCUUGCAGCAUCGUCUCCAAAAGCAAGGUUCCUUGGCAUGGUCUUCGGGUCUUCGAUUUCGAACAUCGUUGAUGAAUCUGGCAAAAGGCUUGACUUCAAGUCAGAAGACUCAAGUAGCGCUGAGUGGCGAUGGUACAUGGGUCUCAUCAAUCUUCAAGACUCAAUGGGUUCUAUCUCGGACUUGAAAUUCACAGCAGAGAAGCCUAGGACCAAUCAAGCCAAGAAUAUCUCCCGUCCAGUGUCAACGGUAGGCUUGCCCUCGAGACCCUCAAAAAUUGGGCAAAGUACCAAGGUUUUGAAGAUCGAAGAAGUUGAGGAUGUCUCAGAGUCAGACGAUGAUCUUCCAAUAUAUGGGAAACCUGACUCGGACCCUGAGGACGACGAUGAUGAUCCAGAGCUUGUGCAACGUAACAAACCCAUAGCACCUGUCUAUAUUCGAGACCUAUCAUCUGGCUUGCGAGAUACGGAGAACUAUGACCGCCAUACAUUGGCUUUGAAUCAGGCACCAAAUCUUAUCAGGCGAAAGAUAGGUUUUGGCACUGAGGUCUCAGAUCACAUCGAGGAUCUUGCUUCUACUAUUGUUGGACUCAAGGACCGAUGGGAACUUGACAAUUUCGCCAAAUUGCGCCUUGAAGCGAUGCUUGCAACCGUCCUUGCGGAUCCCAUCAGGAUGGGAAAGUGGUUUGCUCAGUCAUUCUACAAUGGCGAUUACUCUCUGAGUCAAAGAGUUUCAAUCCUUACAGCCCUCGGCCUUGGAGCUCGCGAGAUAGCAGGCAUGAGAAACAGCGAAAACGCUUUUGCUUCAACGACUCCUUCCCCAGAUAACACAUUCCCAUCAAAGCGCCUUCCCAGCAAACUGCAUAACCAUUACGCUCUUGAUGCGGCACCGCUGGACGCUCUCUCCACACAAAUCUCGCGUACCAUGAUCCAACCCCUUGCUGCAACAGCAGCAGAUGCGAUCACCGGCCCAAAUAUCCUAAAAGUCCGUACCUUCUCCUCGCGCAUGGAAGUCGAAAAAAAGAGAUCUCGCCCUACGUCCAACGCCCUCGCCAAAAUAGUUGCCGAUUCAUUCUUCUUCCCCCUGACGGGCCGUUGGCAAGUCCACACGCACGCCUUCGGCGACAACGCGCCUCAAGCCUCGCCUAUGCUGCUCGCGCAUUUGCUGAAGACGCUGAGCUUGAUUUUGCAUGCCGCCGGUCCGGCUACGGUGGCGUUGCCGCAGAUCACAAGCGAGUUCUGGGCAUUUUUACUUUCGAUCAGAGCAAAGGUGGACGAUAAGAGUGUCCUUGAGGCUUUGUUGUUUGCUUUGUUGACGCUUCUGGAUGUUAAUCAGGAAAGUGGACAGAGAAGAGUGGCGGAGGAGAAUGCAAGGGAGCUUUUGGAAACGCAAGGUUGGGUGGGUGAGCUGUUAGAGAGGAUGAGUGGAGGAGGUGAGGAGGAAGAGAGGUGUCGGAUGUUGGCUGCUGGGGUGUUGGUGAGGUGUAGGGAAGUGGUGGAGAAACAUCAGAGACUGAUGGUAGGGGAUAUGAUUGACUAUAGCUGA